AUGGGAGACGCACGACUGAGGCGUAUCAACAAGGAGAUCAACGACUGCAAGAAUGACAAGGUCUCCGGUAUCCAAGUCUCGUUGAUAGACGAGUCGCCAUUUCAUCUGGUUGGCACCUUCCCUGGUCCAGAGAACUCCCCAUACGAGAAGGGGACUUUUGAUGUAGACAUCGUCGUACCCGAAGGCUACCCUUUCCAGCCCAUCAAGAUGAAGUUCAUCACCCGCGUCUAUCAUCCCAACAUCUCUUCGCAGUCCGGCGCCAUCUGUCUCGACAUUCUCAAAGACCAAUGGUCGCCCGUCCUCACGCUCAAGUCGACGCUCAUGUCGCUCCGCUCGCUGCUCUGCUCGCCCGAGCCAAACGAUCCGCAAGACGCCGAGGUGGCCAAGCACUACCUACGAGACAAGGACGACUUCGAAAAGACGGCGAGGUAUUGGACCGAGAUCUACGCAAACGGCUCCGAGUCCGCACAGCCUCCCGCCAAGGCGGUCAACAAUGCCGGAAAGACGGACGACAAGGCGGACCCGAUCCUGCUGGCGGGAUUGAAACGGGAGCACGUCGAUCAGUUUGUCAACAUGGGCUUCGAAAGCAGCAAGGUCAUCGAGGUGCUCAAAAAGCUCAACUACCGUGGUGCAAACGUCCGCAACAUCACCGACGACACGGUCCUCAACGAGCUGCUCAAAUGA